UUAAAUCAAAUAUGGCAGCACAUGAUAGAUCAAAUGCUACUCAUGAGUUAGUAACUAAUCCUGAUCAACAGAUAUUGACGGAAAAUAGACAUGGUGUUUUGGUAAUUACAUUGAAUAGACCACAAAAAUUAAAUGCAUUUUCGGCCGAAAUGUACGCAAACUUAGGCAAAGCCUUACGAUUGGCGGCAACCGAUGAUACGGUCACUAUGGCUAUGAUUACGGGCACCGGAAAGUACUUUACCACUGGAAAUGAUCUAGGUAUGUGGACUCAAUCAUACGGGAACAGUAAUAGCGAUAUAACCCAAACAAUCAUGGUGAUUAGUAAGCUAAUCACAGCACUCAUAGACUUCCCAAAGCCAUUGAUCGGUGCUGUGAACGGCCCGGCCAUAGGUAUAGGAGCGACAGCACUGGCACUCAUGGAUACAGUGGUGGCCAGCGAUGCGGCAUAUUUUCACACACCGUUCACAUCGUUGGGCGUAACAGCCGAGGGGUGCAGUUCUUACACUUUCCCCAAAAUUAUGGGCACAUCUCUGGCCUCAGAUAUGCUGUUGUUUGGCCGCAAACUAACGGCUGCGGAGGCCCUGCAGUGCGGACUCGUGGCACGUGUUAUACCCGGAGCCGAGUUUAGCUCAUGGGUUGAGAAGUGGGUGUUUGACGGGACGACU